AUGCCCACCCCAACCCCUGCCUCUAACAAUAAGUUCGCCGUCCUAACCGACAACAUGGAUUUAGAUGAAGACGCCCAGGGUGUCUCUGCGUCUAUCCAUGCACCACCGACCUUUGCUGACAUGGUGUCCGGUACCACAGCCGCUGCCCCCCUGGAGCACGCCCUACAUGCUGCUCAGCCUGAACUGGACAAUCAGGUUGGUUACACCCCCCAAACCUGGAAAACCCUACUGCAUAACUUACAAUUUAAAAAGUUGCGAAACAUGCCUGCAGUAGAUACCUACGUGGAGCCGAGCGUGGGCGACAAGCGGCCGUACGGGCUCGUUGGCGACCACCCGCCCAUGGACAUGCCCUCCAAGCACACCCCUUCAGUGACUGGGCACCCGGUUAUGGCCCCAGCUUCCCCUGCCCCAACAUCCACGCCACGAAUGCGAGGGUCCCUUAUGACCAGGUCUGCCACCGUCGUGCCCUUGUCAACCCCACCUUCUUCACCUGCAGCCGCCGGGACCCCACAGACAGACGCUGGCUCGGUGGCCGCCCAAGUCCACCUUACUCUUGACCUCGAAGAAGCUGUCAUCCAAGGAAUGCUCAUCGAUCCUGCUGUCCCUAACAUUCACAACCAUGUCAACCACGCCUACAUUCCCCCUGACAAUGCACGAGUGCUCCCCCCACCACAUGGAGGCUUCCCUGCUGUUCAAGGCCUUGAGCAAGGCCUUCUAUCCUUUGUUCACAAACAAACAAUUGAACGUUGGAUGACAUGGGGCAGGGCUAGUGCCCUGGUAUAUAUUGCAAAUGACAGUUUCACCACCAACCUCUCCACACAUGUCAACGCCAUAGCCUCCUUCUUCAGUGCUGUCUUCCCAAGCUUCCCUGCCCCUACAAUCGGCCCCCCUGAGCUGUUCAAAAAGAAUGACGUUGCCUAUAGACCAGUCUUCCCUUUCUUCAUCAGUGGCACUGAUGACCUAAUUGACGCACUCAACUCCAGAUCCUGCUGGCCAACUCCGUCUAUCACUCUCUUUGUAACCUCCAUGUUCCCUGAAGCUAGCAACUUUGCUAUAGCUAUCACCGGAUUUCCCCUAGCAUGCUCGGAUGCCAGUGAUGCAAUAGUUGCAGAAGCCGUCCGUGAAGCUAUCAGCAACAACGCUACUGCCACAACCUUCAUUACCAACAAUGCAGACAAUCUCCUUGAUGUCCACCCGGAUGACUAUGUCGAUCACGUCCUGAACUCGAUAGCUGUCCGUAGCUGCUCAGUGAUGGAAGAGAAUAUCUCUGUUGUCAUUUUCAACCUAUACAUUAUGCCGCCAACUGAAGUACCCGACAGGCUGAAGACCUGGAUUCUCAACCUAAAGGCACUCAAGUUUGCAUGCUUCCAAGGUGCCGGAUACUCUCGUAGGGCCUUCUACUGUGGUACCUGCAAAGGUCGCGACCACCCUGGCUCACUCUGCCCCUUCACCACCAUCAUUGGUUGGCCGGCUAGUCCUGCCUUCACAGAUGAGGUCAAUACAAACAGUACCCCUGCGAGUGCAUCUGGAGGAUCAUGUGGAGGACACAAUGGACGAGGAGCAAGGGGGAGUUUCUCUAAUAGGGGGAGACAUGGCCGUGGAGCCUUCUAG